AUGGAACCAGAGAAGCCGUUUGCUUGUACAAUAAGAGAUUGCGGGAUGACAUUUACAAAUGAAGACCAUUUACAUGUACAUACUAAGAAACAUGAUAUGGUAUUGCAACUUGGAAUGGAGCAAAAGGCAGCAUUUGCAGCUGACCAGACUCCAACACCUACCAGAUUUAUAAGGAACUGUGAAGAAGUUGGUUUAUUCCAAGAUUUGCAAAAUGUUACUGUCAACCCCUUUGAUGAAGGCUUCAAGCGGGCUAUGGAAGCUAAGCAUGGUGUCCUUUCAUUAGAAACAUCAUCUACAGAAGACGUUCUUCACACACCACACCUGGUAUUUCCUCUAGACGGUGACUGCACUACAUACACUGCUAACAACCAAAGAAACAUAACAAUUAGCAGAUCAUCAAGUGACGAAUCCGGCGCAGUAAAAGAAUACGAAACGACAACAAUAUCGAAACUCACAAAUGAAGUUACAACAAUCAGUCGCCUCGUUAAACCAGAAGAAGCUAAAGUUGAUAAAAAAGAUGUUGAAACUGUCUCCUAUACAAAUAACGUAAUUAAAAUACACGAAAUACGUAAAGACGGCAUUGUGAAUAUAGAAAAAAGUAAGGAUGACACAAAAAAAGACCCAGUCGAUGCAAAAAAGGAUUCGAAUGAAGGAAAAGUUAUUAAGAACAAAAUCCCACCGAUUAUGAGCCAGCAGUCAUUAGAUUUUGUCGUUGACAGCCUAACUAAUAGUAUAGGUGAUGACAAACAGAGAAGAAAUGACGACAAAUCCAAUAAGAAUGGUGAUACGGAUGACGUUUUAAAAAAUGUAACUCACGACGACAUAGAAGUGGUAGUACGAUUACCUAAUGGAAAACGAGUAAAAAUGAAAGCAGUUGAAGAAACGGAGAGUAAUGCUAAGGAGAUACUUAGAAAUGUCUUACAGAAUAAGAUGAAAUCGGCGCCGACAGUUUUGAAUACAAUUGUACCGAAGCCUCUAAUUUCGUGCGGUACUCUUAUACCCGUUACUAUAAAUAGGCCUAAAGUACCGAUAAUACAAACAGUUCCUAUAGUACCAGUGAGUACUGUGAAAGUGGAAAGGGCUAGAACGAGAGAAGAGAGAGUGUUCGAAAGUGUUAAAGAUACAGUAGACGAUAAGAGGAGUUCGAGAAGUGCUGCUUCCAAACGUUAUAGAGACAGAUUAAAACAGCUGAGGCAACUCGAAUCAGUUGAAAUACAGACAUUAAGGGAUGAAAAUAUGCAAUUAAAUGCCCGAUUAGAGUUAUAUGAGCGACUACUAGCGCGACAUCUCAAGAAGUGCCCUCUUGUGGAAGAUGCUAAAUUUAUUCAACAAGAGCUACAGAAACUUCCGAAACUAAGAACUCAGAAAAAAUAA